CGGUUUAAUGCAAACCUUCCCCUCCGUCCGAUUUAAAGCUCUCGACUAUGUUUUUGAGACCACCACCAGUCUGAAGCUAAUGAUGAACCUACUGGCGCUGCCAGCACCUUACGUCACUGGUACCAGUGACCUGUACCCACACAGGGGCCAGCUGCCCGAAGUCACCUACAGGACACCGUGGAUCAGAGGAAAGGUGAUCUCAACCUGCAAACUCUUUGUCAGUGGUUCGGUGCUCGAUUACCUGGGAGAAAAAAGCCAAGCAGAUAUUCCACCAGAAAGAUUUAAAGUGACUCUGAGUGAUGUGAAAGGGGAUGUGGAGCUGAUACCCAGCUCUAAUCCUGACUCACUGGAGGAUGUAGACCCAAAUGAGUAUUUCUGCCUUUUAAAAGAGACACGGAUCAAUGACACGUGUCGGGAAUCAUUUUUUAAGUGGACAGCUGACCAGAUGAAACAUGGAAAGGAAAACCAAGAUCUCCUCCUGCCAGACGAGCUCAUCCUUGCCGAUCCCCUGCCACACUUUAAGAGACAUUUACCCACGCUGAAGGCCAAGCUGUCCAGGCUGAGGAUGCUUCCUGUGGCCGACCCUCUGCAGAGCUCAACGGGAGUUACCCUCUCUGAGGACGCCAUAUUCAGGUGUGCGUCUUUUGAAAAACCUCCUGACGUGCACACCAGGGACCUCCAGACGUGUGCAAACAUUCACGAGGAGUUUGGUAAAGAGUCACUAAUGAAAGAAGAGUCUCUUUUGCUUCCCGUGGUGGUGGACACACUGAGUUUGAGCCGAGACAACUGCACCACCUUCUCAAGCAUCUGUGAUCAGAUGACCGUUGCUCCUGAACAGCUGGAUGAGCAACUCCCAGUCCUGGCUGUGCUUCGUAAAGUCACAUUUCUCUCGGCUCUCCCGUCAGAUGGACCAGCAUCGGUUGACAUUUCACGAUACCAAGUACCAGAGGAGCCCAACAAGAAAUGCAGCAUCAAGGAAAGCUUGUUGGAUCCGGCAGGACGCGUGAUGCUUCCAACUGAAAUGGAGCUGGACGUGACUUUGACCCCGAGUGCCAAGACCAGCCAAACCCAAACAUGGCCGCCCACCUGUGAACUCCAGAAGGAAGAGGAGAUAUCACUUCUAAUUGUCUUGUCACACGAAUGAUUGUCACGUAGAUCUCUGGUGUCAGCAAGAGCUCAGCAAGAGAUGGAGACGGCACUUUGGAAAGCGGAGAAGCAUCUAACCUCCGUGGUGGGCUUCCUGUUGGCAGAGCCUCAAAUGUGCGAGCCGGCUGUCGACUUCCAUCCGCUGUCUGAAGCCUGGAAAGUCAUAAAGUCCGAGAAUCGGAGCUCGGUCGUCAUCGUCGGUGGCAGACCGCAGUCGGGGAAUGAGACCGCGGCCCCGCCUGUGUAUUUGUGCGGCAACAGAGAGUUCACAGAGAGCAUGAGGCCCGAGUUCCCCCCCGCCACAGAGGAAAAGAUGGAGGACUUCAAAAAACUGUCCCCUGAACACGUGGAGAUCACAUCCGUUCUGAUGAAGCCCACAAACGAAACUCCGUCGCCUCGCCCGAAGAAACGUGAAACGGACGCUUUUCCUGCUGAAGCGACCUCCGCCGCCACCCGUCUUCAAGAGGAAACCGAUGCCGAUGCGUACCAGAACGCCUCCCUGAUGCACACCGCCAACGCAAACCACAAGGCGGUAAAACCGGCGCCCUUAUUAUUUUCUCACUCUGCUGCCACCACCACCAGAGAUGGGGUUUCAGAGGGGAGGUUUCUAGAAGAUCCAGGCGUGGUUUCUGCCCGUAAGACCGAGCAGAGCGCCGGGUCCGCCGCACACCGUCACAGAUGCCCGCAGUUUAUGAGACGACCACCGGAGGAGGAGCUCAACCCUCUGGCCACCUUCAUGCUGCUGAGAUCUCGGCACACGGCUCCGGCUACUGAAGCGUCUCAGAGCUCGACUCCAGCACCAAACACGGACCAACCAAGCACACCAUCUGAGCACCGUCAGCCUCCACCAGCGCAGAUGCAAAGAUCAGAUCAGAGGUCGACGUAUAUGAGCAGCGCCAUGUCAGCAAAUGCUACUAGAGAGCAGAACGCAGCCGGCCAGGCGACGGGUACGAUCCUCCCUGCGGCGCGUCAGGCCGUCCCUCAGAACCGACAGGACAGCAGAGUGAUACAAGUCCAGGCUACCGACAGCCAGCAGCGAGCCCACAGUGAGCUGCUGGCCUUCGCUCAGCCGCGUCUGAGGGCUGCCAGGCAGCUGGGCCUCAACUUUCCGGUACGAGGAGACUUCAGCUGCCUGGCCCCGGACCAAACGCACUUCCUCCUCAAACAGCAGGAGAAGGCGCUCUGCAGGACACACGCACAGAGUGCCGAGCGGGUCGGAGAUCAGGAACUGCUUUUCAACCAGGCGGCUCUGAUUCACGUGUUGGUGACGUUUAAGGAGGUGCUGCUGAAGUGUGACCUCGGUACUGCAUUGGAGUACUUGACCACGGCAGCGGAGGCGUGUGCAGAGCAGAGUCUGGAGCCGCUGGUGAAGAGGCUGCAGAUCGUCCUCUACCUCAGCCACAAGAGCCAGGAGGCGAACCUCAAACUGCUGGAGCUGCAGGCGCUGCUGGCCUCGCGACUGCACGGCAGAACGGGACAGAACAACACGGAGAAAAUCCUCGUCAUAAUAUCGGUGGACUCCGACGACAUCAGAUCUCUGAUCAUCAGCAGUUUGAGCCGCGUGGCUGGUGCAGCCGUCACAGCAGUUUGUCCCGAGGGCGACAAGAAGAAGCUGAAUGGUGCCAGUGUGGUCAGCAGCGUGUGCGACAGCGCGUGCGUGGUGGUGUACGAGCAGCACGUCGGGCCCGACUUCCCCUGGAGCUGUUUCUCUCUGGUGGUGGAGUACGACCACCCGGGCCACUCCCCCUGGGCCACCGUCUGCAGGGAGAGGAGCAUCGGUCACCUCGCCUUCAGCACGACGCUCCCCGACGCUGAAGCCCCGUGGUCCCUGGAGGACGCGGUGCCAUACGUGCUGUUUGUCACUGAGGGACUCCUCAACUGUCCUCUGCUGCUGCAGACACUGGAGUCAGACUUUGACAUCACGAUGAUGGAGCGGAGCCACUGUCCGGCCCUACAGAUGCUCGGAGGGACCCAGCACUACGCUGCCAUCACAGUGGAUGAAAGCACCGUCAUCAUCAUUCAGGAGGAGGAUGAAUUGUGUGAGGUGCGAGCCAGUGAGAGAGUCGUGAUGAGGCUGACCGCUCUCUCUUUGCAAUACAACAACUGUUGGCUCAUCCUGCACUGCAGAGACAGCCAGGGAGGAGGGUUUUCCGCUGAAGCCUUCGGCAACUUGGUGUUGGUUUACUCGUCUCUGGUGCUGUUCGGCAUGAAGUCUGAGGAUCUCGACAUCAAGGUGCUGAUUGUGUCCGAGGUGAUUGAAAUAGCCAAAUGGAUCCGCCAGAUCUGCUUCCACAGCCUGACGGCCGGUGAGAAGGACCGGCUCAGCUACCUGGACCGAGACUGGCUGAGUGCGAUUCCUUCACAGGAGGAGAAGUGUCUGUUGCAGUUCCCGUCUGUUAACCCUCUGGUUAGUCAGCUGAUGCUGAGGAGAGCGCCGUCCCUCCAGUGGCUCCUGGGGGCCUCUCUGCCUCAGCUGAUGGAGCUGCUCCCCGAGGUGCCACAUAAAGUCCUCAAGCUGUUCAGUGACACCACCUCCCUCUGCACACGGACCACGGACCGGCCAGAGCCUCCGACCGACGGUCCACUCAACAGCCCCUGGACCACCGCUGCUGACCCAAAGGGCAUGGACUCUGACCCACAGCAAGAAGCCCCCAUCAAUCCCCACCCAGAACUAUUCUGCAGUCACCAGAACUCCAGCUUCCGGUUCGGAGCCGAUCAAAGCUUCAGCGAACCGUACCCGGACUCCACGGUGCAGGAGGGCAGCGUGGAUAGACUCGACCUGAGUUCCUCCUUUGGCAGCCCAGAUGUUCCCCUCCAGAGGGGCUGGACCGGCAGUGAUCCGUGGAGGGAGGAGGCCAGAGGCAGGGAGGAGGCGACAUUUUCUGGCUGGAGGCCCAGAGCCGGAGCGGUGGGGAGAGUAGUCGGAAGAGCAAACGACGAGUGGACGCAGAGAGCUCCAUCGAACCUCAGCAUCGACACUCGCGGAGUCCAGCCGGAGAGUCCUUUCACGCUGGACUCCACAUUCGGUCUCAGCCACCCGCUGCAGCCGCCGGCCAGCGGUCAGAGCUGCACUCCCUCUUCGGUCUACGGUGACCUCCAACAUCCAGGCAUCCAGCAGGGCCCCUACGGCCUGAGCCCGCCCACAGAGGUCGCGCUGUGGGGUCGAGGAGGUCACAGCAGCGCUGACCACCUCGCGAGUAGCGGAGAAACGCCGACGAGUUCGGCGCACUACGGCUCCAAAUGUGGGAUAGGACAAGAGAGGAAGAGGAGGGGCGAGGCCGCCGGUUCGGUGGGAACAGUGUUGACGCCACUGAAGAGAGGGAGGCUGAGCUAUGAGAAGGUGCCCGGCAGAAGUGACGGACAGACGAGGCUGAAGCUAUUUUAGGCGUGAACACCGACAAGAAAGUUACGUUAGAUUUCAGUUAAUUGCAUAAUUUAAAGCUUCUGAGGUUUUAUUCAUGUUAUAUGGUGGUUUUUUGCCUGGUUAGUCUGCAUAAUAGUUUCUAUUGUAAGCCAAGUUUCCCCAUCUUUUAAAUAUGGAUUAAAAUGUCUUUAUUGUAGGCAUAUAUUCUCUUAACGAGCAUCAGUGCUCCUUUCCUGAUAUCUUCUCAAACCAGCUGUGUUGAGAGAAAAAAAGCAGGAACAGAAAUUAAAUUGUGAAGACAUAAAUAAUAUUUAAUUCUUUUUUUCAGUCUAAUAGUUUGAUAAUAUAAAAUACUGAUUGUUUUUUUAUAUUGGUUGUCUGCUAGUUUAUUGUUAUCCUAUUUAUUCUGAAUUGUUUGGAGACUUUUAUGCUUGAAUUUCAACACACUUGUUUUUCAUUGUGUGUAUAUUUGGAAUAAUCUGUAUCGUUAGGCAGAACUGUAACAGAUAAUAAAUACCAAUACAACACAGUUGUAUUAUAAAAUGUUUUUAAAAAUACUACACAUUAAUAAACAGUUGAAAUGCC